CAUUGGCUGUUAACAAGCAAAGCUCGGCGGGUGUGCCCACUUUAGCGUUCUUCGUUGUCGGGCAGAUAUUUCGAGAAAAACGAGGCUUGGAAAUAAUAUUUCGUCUUACAAUAUGAUACCACACUAGCGACAGCAGUAUAUUAAAAUAGGCGAAAGGGCUUUCAAGUAUAGGCUGCUCUCAUCAGACAGAAUGAGAGCAAAAAUUCUGACUUGUAGAGAUGUUUAGGGUACUCUAAGUAAUUUAAAAGAUUAGUCAAAAAUAAUGCAUUUUGCACAGUUGGAAUUAAUCAGAUAUAGCGCUUGUAUGUGACAAAUAACGUAGGAACAAAAAGUGGGCUCUUGGGUAACUAGCGUAGGCCUGCAGGAUGGAGGUGUCAAACUCCAGAUCGCGAAGGCCACACUGGCGCCUUGAUGUGUGGCUAAAGAAAUUUUAUCAAAAGAGUCCAAUGUUCAGGAGGUGCGUUGCCCAGUCACUGUGUGUGGAGAUGUGCACGGGCAGUUCCACGACCUCAUGGAGCUCUUUAAGAUUGGUGGAAAAUCGCCAGACACAAACUAUCUCUUUAUGGGUGAUUAUGUGGACCGAGGCUAUUAUUCUGUAGAGACUGUCACCCUUCUCGUGUCUUUAAAGGUUCGUUAUAGAGAGCGAAUUACCAUCCUCAGAGGAAAUCAUGAGAGCAGGCAGAUCACACAGGUGUAUGGCUUCUAUGAUGAGUGUCUGAGAAAAUAUGGCAAUGCAAACGUCUGGAAAUAUUUCACAGAUCUUUUUGACUACCUUCCCCUUACGGCACUGGUGGACACACAGAUCUUCUGUCUCCAUGGGGGUCUGUCUCCAUCCAUCGAUACUCUGGAUCAUAUUCGAGCACUGGACCGCAUUCAGGAGGUCCCGCAUGAGGGUCCCAUGUGUGACCUGCUGUGGUCAGACCCAGAUGACCGUGGUGGCUGGGGUAUUUCCCCCCGAGGAGCCGGCUACACGUUCGGCCAGGACAUCUCCGAAACCUUCAAUCACGCCAACUGCCUGACCCUCGUCUCUAGAGCCCACCAGUUAGUGAUGGAGGGCUACAACUGGUGUCACGAGCGGAAUGUAGUUACAAUCUUCAGCGCUCCAAAUUACUGUUAUCGUUGUGGUAACCAGGCUGCCAUCAUGGAACUCGACGACACGCUCAAGUAUUCAUUCUUGCAGUUUGACCCUGCACCAAGAAGAGGAGAGCCUCACGUUACCCGCCGCACCCCGGACUACUUCCUGUAACGUUCCAGUGCCUGAUGAAAUUCUGUCCACGGCGCGAUUCACCUCACAGGCUCAACUGACAUCAUCAGGAGGGGAAAAAAGAUAACUUCUCUCAUUUCUAACUGGUAAUAGAAUUCCUGAAUUUGUCUAUGGACCAAAAUAUUUCCAUUGGCAUAAAGCAGUGAGAGAUUCUACAAUCUAAAAAAAAAAAAACCACAAUCCACGCGUGUCAAAGUGAGGGAACGUUAAUGGAAUGUUGUUGUUGGGGUUUUUUUUGUUUUUGUUUUUGUUGCCUGCCUGUAUAGUGACUAAAAAACAAAGACACUCUCCUCUCUACAUGUGGCUUCAUUGGUUUCCCUGUAUUAUUUUACAGUGUGUUUUAUCCUUCAGAUCAUGUACAGUGCGGCAUGUGCUUUUGGCUGGACAAUGUUGAUUUUGUGGUGAAGAAAAAUUAUUGCCAUGCACAGCAUUGAACAGCCCCGUUCAACUUCCUGUUCAAGAGAAGCUGUCAUGGGAUGUAUCCCUGACUCCAAACAAAUUAUUCAUCUUUUAUAAUAGGGAAAUAUGAUCUGAAAGGUUUUGCCCUGCACUUUAUUGGUACAGUUUUUUAUCAGUGUUAUUAGGUUAUAGCAUAGCUACAACUGAUCUUGUUUUGUUUUUUUCCCCCUGCUAUUUGUAAAACCAAGCACUUAAAUUUCUUUGUUUUCAGUUGAUGGAAACUGCAAGGUAGACUCCUUUUUGCUAUAAUUGUAAGAAAAAUGUAAACCGUUUUUAAGGCUUAGGCUCAAAGAUAAACUUUUUUUCUGCAA